AUGAUGGACUCACCUGUACACUUAGCUAUUGACAAGUCAUGUGCUUCUGACAUAGAAGAAGGUAGUGAUGGUAUCUGGAGAAUCGUGGGUGGAAAGAGAAUAUUGAAACUGCAGAGAAACUUUUUUCAGAUUCUGAAUGUACUAAAAUGCGAAAUUCAAAUUCCAAGAGUAUGCCAAGUGUUGGAAAAGCAGUUCCAGAUUCUUUCACAUUUAGUUACUGCUUGGCAGGCCCAUGAGAGGGCUCUUCUGCUGAAGAAGUUUGCAGCAUCUGCUUCAGAUGAAGAAGUUUUGGAACUUGCGAAUCAGGUCUCCUUGUACACUGGAUGCUCCCAUCAUUGGAACCAAAUUGCAGUUGCAAAGAAAUUGAUAGAGGAAGGAACGAAAUUAUGGAGCUUGCUUUCACAAAAUGACAGCCAUGUUCCCUGGGAGAGCGCCAUCUAUGAGAUUGAAGAGUACUUUAUGAAGAUUGCUUCCUGCAAUACUAGAACUCUUUCCCAAAAAUAGUGAAAAUGGACGGGAUAGGUGGAAAGUUGGGAGAAGUUUGAAAUUUCUGUGGGAGAGAAAUAGAGGGAAAAUUCGAAUUUUUAGAUACUCUCUCCAAAUUCUGGCCCUUGGUGCUCCCAAAAUAGCCUUAGUGUCAUGGUCACUAUUUGCUAUCUCUGUUGUUGUGCAUGUUCUUAGACUACCCUUCUUCCAUGCUUUGGCACUUUAUGAUGCUUAGUUUAAGAUUUCUUUUACAUGCGUUUGUUUUUGUGUUA